GAGCCCACUGUGGCCUGUUGUGACGUGUUUCCGCUUUGCAGUGCAGCUUCCGGGUGGUGGUUACCAUAGUAACUGUAUCAUAGUAACAGGCGAGAGUUUAGCCAAAGGGGUCACCAAACGGCAGCAGGUAUGAGUGCAGAUGCAGCUUUCGCUCUUCAAAACCAGUCCUCCACCGUUGACUAUGGCGGGAAGGUCCCUGUGGAGCACCUGGACUAUGAUUACAUUGGAAAAUGCAAGGAUGCAAAAUACCUGAAUAAGAUCCUGAGAGUACUGAGGUCUGGCGAUGAGGGCAUUUAUCCUCAUCUGAUUAAGUUCUGUGAGAGUCACUUGGAGAAACUGGACCCGAGGAGCCGAGCUCUCAGGAAGGAAAACCCUGUGGCCACAGCAGCCAGCCUCUCUAAUGAUGAGUGGAGCCAACUUGUUGAUGAGUUGAAGACGUGGCAAGAAGAAACCAAAAAGACUGAGACUUCACUAAAACAGCAGUCAGUGUUUGAUGAUCUAGUGAAUGAAAAUAUGCCACCAAUAAGAGGUUCCAAUUGCUCCGUUCCACUUAAUCAGACUUUAGGUCCAAAAGAAAAGAGGAAUUCUUCAAAACUCCCACGUGAUUAUCGAGAAUGGGACAAGUUUGAUGUUGAAAACGAAUGUGAAAGAAUCGAUGGAGAUUUGGUCAAAAAUGAUUCAUCUGUCAUUAUAAAAACAGGACACCCCAAAAUCAAGACUAAAGUGAAUGUUUCAUUGCUGACACAACAGGAGAAGCUCCUUCUGGCGAAUCGUGAAAAGGACAAAGGCAAUGAAGCUUUCAGAGCAAACGAUUAUGAGGAGGCAGUUGCAUACUAUUCCAGGAGCCUUUCCAUUAUACCAAAUGUGGCUGCAUACAACAACAGAGCCCAAGCAGAGAUCAAUCUCAAGCACUGGCACAACGCAAUGAGAGACUGUUUGAGGGUACUCAAGCUGGAACCAGGCAAUAUGAAAGCCCUGCUACGUCGUGCCACCAUUUAUAGUCACAUGGGCAACUUCCAAAUGGCUGCUGAAGACCUGAGGGUGGUGCUCAGGAAAGAGCCGCAGAAUGCUGCAGCCACUAAACUUCUGUCUGAAACAGAGAAGAAGAUGACGGGAUGUCAACCAGAGCAGCAAAGCAAAGGCAAAAAAAUCCUCAUCCAAGAGGUAGAAGAUGAAGAUGACGACAAUGACGACGAGACAAAAGCAGAACAGACUGCUCAUCCGGUUGAACCCAGCCAGCCUGUGGGAGGGGAGGAGAGCUCAGCUGCUCCUGCCGAAAGGGGAGACAUGGGUAACGCUCAAAAGAAGCCCCACAGCAGAGGGGACGGGGGUCCUCACACUGACUCCAACAACUCCCACCAUGGACACUGGAAGAGCAAAGGAGGCAGCUCUGACAAGUACAAAGUCACGCAGGAGUCCAAGGAAAAGGUAGCCAAUGGAUCAGGCAAGAGGGGCUCGACAGCUUCAGCCCCGGCUGAUCAGAGCAACAGCGGUAAAGACACUCCGGUUGGAGGAAAUGCAGGGGAAACUGUCAACCUUGAUGCCCCAUGUGGAGCCCUGCCCCCACCUCUGUCCCGGCUAAAGAAUGAAGGGAACCUGCUGUUUAAAAAUGGACAGUUUGCCGAUGCACUGGAGAAAUACUCGCUAGCCAUUCAAGGCUAUACAGAUUCAGGAAUCGAUAGUCCAGAGGAUCUGUGCAUUCUGUAUUCUAACAGAGCAGCCUGCUACCUUAAAGAUGGCAACAGUCAAGAGUGCAUACAAGACUGCACAAGAGCCCUGGAGCUGCAGUCAUUCUCCCUCAAGCCCCUCCUUCGCCGGGCCAUGGCUUAUGAUUCCAUGGAGCGCUACCGUCCGGCCUACGUGGAUUACAAGACCGUGUUGCAGAUAGACACCAGCGUGCAGGCAGCAAACGACAGCGUCAACAGGAUCACCCGGCUGCUGAUCGAGCAGGACGGCCUCGAGUGGAGAGAGAAGCUCCCGGACAUUCCCCUGGUGCCUCUGUCAGCCCAGCAGCACCGCAUAGAGGGGCCACCCAGCGCAGAGGUCCUCCAAGCUCGAGCAGAGAUGGCAGUCAGAGAUGCAGAAAGGAAAGCAGAAGUGCGUUUCACAGCGCUGAAGCAAGAAGGGAAUGAGUUUGUGAAGAAGGGCCAGUACCAGGAUGCACUGGGAAAGUACACUGAAUGCCUUAAGCUAAAGCCAGAAGAGUGUGCUAUCUACACCAACAGAGCCCUGUGCUACUUGAAGAUGGAGAGGUUUACCGAGGCCCGGCAGGACUGUGAUGCAGCGCUGAAAGUGGAGCCGACCAAUAAGAAGGCCUUCUACAGGCGAGCCCUGGCCAGUAAAGGCCUCAAGGACUACCUGGCGUGCAGCUCUGACCUGCAGGAGGUCCUGCAGCAGGAUCCCAACGUGCAGGAGGCUGAGAAGGAGUUGGAGGAGGUCACAGUGCUGCUCAGGCAGAGUCUGGCCAACGCCGAUGCUUCACAAGCCAAACCUAGAAAGACUGUCCCCAUCACAGAGGUUGAGGGUGACGAGGAAAUCUCAGAGAGCAGUCACAGAGGAGAGGAUAAUACCAUCAACCUCCGGCCGACCGACGCCUACGAGUUCGGCCAAGCUCUGUACGCAGCUCGCUGCAGCGGAAACACAGCGGCCUGCGCUGACCUGCUGGCCUCCACGACCCCGGAGAUGCUUCCCCAGUUACUGAGCACCCAGGUGGAUGGAAAAAACAUCAUCUUCAUCAUGCAGGCGCUGGACUCCCACCUCCUGGAGAAAGACCCCAACUUGGUCUACCGACACCUCAACCACCUGCACACCGCCGACAGGUUCUCGGUCGUGUUGAUGCUGCUGGAGAAGGAUGAGCGUCGCCACAUGACUCAGCUGUUCGAGCAUCUGUCCGUUGUGCAGAGCGCGGAGUUCACUAAGAACGAUGUUCAGAAUCUGGCCAACAAAUACAUCUGACCCCCGCUGACCCCCUGCUGCCUGCUGCAUGAGCUGCUGCGCCACUACAACAACUCUUGGAUCUAUGCAAAACGCUGCACAAGAACUGAGUACACGAAAAGGCAGGAAGCUGCAGAAUGUGCCCCCGAAAGCAACGCAGUGGAGUUGCGUUCACUCUCCUGGUCUGUGCUGUAAAUGAUCUGAUCACUGUAUGUUUUUGAGUGACAAUAUAAGGAAUAUAUUUUUCUCUCCAGAACAUUUUUGCUAUGCAGAUUUACUUUUGUACCACCACUAACCAUUUGCGUUGUACAACAGGCAGACAGCGGGAUACUAUGGACCUUUCACUUUAGUGUACUGAUAAAUAGGGUCCAAUGUGCAAUGUUAUGUAAGGCUACAGGCGAGCGUUUCCCCUACAGGCAGGUGAGCUUCCUUGUUUCGGUCAGUCGUUUGAUAAAUGAGCUUCCAUCAGACACCAGCUAAUAUUCAGUGCAUGCUGAAUAUUACCCAGCCAAGAAACAAGCGGGGCCAUUUGCUACGGAGCUAAUUAAGAUGUCCGAAACCAUUACAUAAAGUUAUAUUACGACCAUAUGUUCUCUAUCUGCAUAUCUUAAAGCCGUUCUGUGCAGUAUGAUAACAGUAUCUGAACUGAUAUCUACUGACAACGCUGUAGGAGAAAGUACACCAUGUGUAACCUUACACGACUCUUUUGUUUAUUCAGCUAUGCAAUUAGCAGACGUCAAGUCACUCUCAAAAGGCUGGUGUUUGUGUCUUUUCCAUAAGGAAGGACACGACGUCAUCCAACCUAUUUGUUUACCAAAUUAGCCUGAAACGCACAGCCAUCUUCACAGCAGUUCAGCCAAGCAGACGUGAACACACACUGGAGAGAAGCAGCAUCUUUACAAGAUGCGUGCCUUAGAUUUCAGACUAGGGGUUGACUUCUUUUGGUGAGAUACUCCCUAACGAGAGAGUAUAUUUAUGUCACUCAGUAGCUUUUAUCAAAAUGUUAAAUGGUUUGGAUUCAUGCAUCAUAAAUCAUACAUAUAUUCACUUAGCUACAUGCACGUAAUUGUUUAAAAUAUGUCAUUGAUUUGCAGACAUUCUGUCAAUGUUAAGUAUUUAAUUAUUGGACAUUCCAGUCAUCCAACAUUGAAGACUUGCCUGAAUCCAAACCAUUCUUUUGUUUUCAAAUGUUUUAUCUGUUCUACAUGAAUGUACCACAUUUAGUUCAGGGUGACAAGUUGGGGGGCGAGAGGCAAUAACUUCACAGUUUCUCUUCACUGUGGUUUUAACGUUAUAUUUCAGUAGAGAUGUAAAACAAAAUGUGUACAGUAUUCACAGAGGGCUAUUCAAUAAACUGGGAACAUAUGUUUUCUUCUCUGUGCUAAAAUGAAAUAGAUAAAUAAAAAGACAAAUGGAGUACCCUAA